AUGGCCACUAAGGCCCGGCCGGCCUUCGUCGAAGAUUAUGACGAAGAAUCCCAUGCCACUCGACCUAACACUCGCAUGACUGCCAAUGCUACAGCCAACUCUGCUGCCAAAAUAGCCAGGUCGGAUCUAUUCCCAGAGCCGCUGAUCGACGGCGCAAGUGACUCAGGUUAUUCUAGUCGCACCGCUGCCACUGCCAACAGCACCCAAUCCGGCCCAUCAGGCGGACAAAGUCCCCCUCUUAGGGAGUCCAAACGGGGCGACCUCACCAGGAAGUCGUCAACCCGCAGAGAACGCAAGGAGGAACGAGUCAGACCGACGCGCGACGAGACAAUGGUUGGUGCCUAUUCGGGCGCCCAUCAUGCUCACGUGCCAAGGUCGUCGUCCAAGUCUCGUCGACGUGAAGCCUCUCAUGCCCACUAUUAUAACGACCCCUACUACGACCCUCCUCAGACCCAUUAUCAGUCCGAUCGCCGUCCCGUCGAAGCCCCCUUCUAUAUACCUCAGCGUCCCCCAGUUCCAGAAUACCCACAACAGAGUGCCCGAUAUCCUGCCGGUGUCAUUGAGAACAUUCACGUCAAUCACCCGAGUCGACCUAGUCGCUCGCACACCUACCACACCUACCAUUCCAACGGUCGACCCAUGAGUUUCCACGGGAUGCCACCGGCAAUGGGGUCGGGAAUGGCAUCACCAAUCUACAGUCAGGCGCCCAUCCACGCCUAUGACUACCAUGGAGGCCCUCCGCCAUCUGGCUCGGCCUACAUGCACAACCAAUACUCCUCCUCUCCAUACGGAGGUUCCUUCUACGCUCCAUCAGAGUAUGCUCCUCCAUCGGAAUACCGAGAGCGAUCUGAGUCCCGGCCCCGGGAGUCCCGCCCGCGUCGAUCCUCGUCGAUCUAUGGACACCCACCUCCAGUGGACUCAGGCGCCUACUCACCAUGGUACGACGACGAGCCCAUGGAGCGUCCUUUGGAGCGUUAUACCUCACGAGAGGCCUAUGGCCGUGCCGCAGCAGCGCACAGACAAGACCCGGACGAGGACUUCUACCGCAUGCCACCACCACCACCCCCUCCAAUGCCCAACCCAAAGGCCAAGGCUCCCCCACAGAUUCAUCAGGCGAGGCGACCUGAGGCACGCAAGUCCCAAACCACCACUGCGGUGCCUUCGCAGCGUCGUCCGUCCAGAGGUAUGGACCGGGGCAUAGACCGAAGCCUGGACAGAUUUGACAUGGGAGAUCUUGAAGCGGAGCUGCCUGUGGUGUCGGAUCGGUCUCAUCGUCGGAUAUCAAGGGAGGCUGCCCUGCCAGAGAGAGCGAACAGCUUACGGAGCAGCCACAGACGAUCUACGUCCUACCAGGAUGAUCGACGUGGGGCCCAGGUGGCGGUGGCAAGCUCUAGGCGGCGGCAGCCAACCUACUACUACAACGAUGAGCCACCCAGCAACGCGAGUGACAACCUAGAAGAUCGUGAGCGUGAAAUCGAGAAUUACCAAGCAGCACGGUCCGGCCGAAACUCGACUGCCAGCGUGCCUCUCUCCGCAGAGGCCAUACUCCCUAAGGCAACCACCAAUCGCCACGGGAGUGAGAGUGGCAGUCAGAAAAGCCGGUCCAACAGCAGCCGUGGCAGCGGCACUGGCUCAAAGACAGAAGAAGACAAGAACAUGACCCUCAUGGUGAAUGGAGUCAAGAUGGAAUUUAACCAAGAAACGAUUGCAGGGCAAUCCAUCAACAUUCGUGCUGGAGAGGCCCGCAACGCCUUGCGAUUGAACAUCGCUGGUGGGCCUCGAUCCAAGCAGUACUUGACUGGAUCUAACUCUGACUAUACGGGCGGUUCCAGCCGCCGGGACCCGGACGAGUCGAUGCGACGAAAUCGAGGAGAGGCCCGUUCGGAGCGUGCACUUCGCCGCUCUAGCCAGUCUACCUACGGCAGUACUCGCUAUCACUAA